AUGGAGAAGUACCAAAACGGAGAAGAUAGUAAACAAUCGGAUCCUUCUGUUUGUGGCUACGAUUCCCUUCACAGUCUUCUCAAGGAUAAUCUCAAACCUCAUCACUUCCAGGAAGUCAAUCGUUUGCUUACCGGGCUUAAUUGUGGAAAAGUACUCGAAACAAUUGCUCUACCUGAAUCUGCUACAGCUCUCUCGGCGGAACAUGGUUUUGACCUCCAGGCUUUCGGCUUUCAUGCUGAUAAAGAAGUAUUAAGGGAACCUCGAAUUGUGAGGGUUGGCUUGAUUCAAAACUCUAUUUCCCUCCCAACAACUGCUCACUUUGUGGAUCAAAAAAAGGCUAUCUUUGAGAAACUAAGGCCAAUUAUUGAUGCUGCUGGUUCAUCAGGGGUCAAUAUAUUAUGCUUGCAAGAAGCAUGGAUGAUGCCAUUUGCCUUUUGUACACGAGAGAAGAAGUGGUGUGAAUUUGCAGAACCUGUUGAUGGAGAAUCAACAAAAUUUUUGCAAAGCUUUGCGGUGAAGUAUAACAUGGUAAUAAUAAGCUCAAUUCUUGAGAGAGAUUUAAACCACGGAGAGGUUAUUUGGAACACUGCCGUUGUAAUUGGGAAUCACGGCAAUGUAAUUGGGAUACACAGGAAGAACCAUAUCCCAAGAGUUGGAGACUUCAAUGAGAGCACAUAUUAUAUGGAAGGAAAUACAGGUCACCCUGUGUUUGAAACAACAUUUGGAAAGAUUGCCAUUAAUAUAUGUUAUGGUAGGCACCAUCCUUUAAAUUGGUUAACUUUUGGCUUGAAUGGCGCGGAAAUUGUUUUCAACCCUUCUGCCACUGUUGGUGAACUCAGCGAACCAAUGUGGCCAAUAGAGGCACGUAAUGCUGCAAUAGCGAAUAGUUACUUUGUUGCUUCAAUCAACCGCGUUGGGACUGAGACAUUCCCGAAUCCAUUUACUUCUGGUGAUGGCAAGCCAGCACAUGCAGAUUUUGGGCAUUUUUAUGGAUCAAGUUAUAUUUCAGCACCAGAUGCUUCCUGCACGCCGUCUUUAUCACGUAACAGGGAUGGCUUAUUAGUAACAGACAUGGAUCUGAACUUGUGCAGGCAAUAUAAAGACAAAUGGGGUUUCAGAAUGACUGCACGAUACGAGUUGUAUGCGAAGACACUUGCUCAGUAUGUGAAACCAGGAUUUGAGCCUCAAGUCAUCCGUGAUCCGUUACUUCAUAAGAGUUCCUCAUGA